AUGGCAGUGUCGGUGGAUCGGAAUACCAUCUUGGUGUACGUGGGAGCCAUCGUACUGCGUCUCUCUGCUUUCAUUGCCUUCCCUACCCUAUCCGACUUCCUCACAGCACAGGUGGAGAUUUCGACACCCAUCUCCAGCUUCAAGCGGUUGCAGGAAGGUCUCUUCCUCUACCGGCAUGGCCUGUCACCUUACGACGGCGGGGUCUUCCAUCAGGCCCCAUUAUUGCUGGUCAUUUUUGACAUUCUGCCUGCCGCUUUGGUUUUCACUGCUCUCGACAUCGCCAAUGGACUCGCUCUGCACACGAUCGCCGAGAAACUCAGCAUUCCGACGCCACGUUUCAAGAAACUGAAUGGUUCGCUUAUAGCGGCUGCAUACUUGUUCAACCCGUUGACGAUCUUGUCUUGCUUGGGAAAGAGCACUUCGAUUUUCACCAAUACGGCCAUCAUUCAAGCUGUUCUCAGUGCCCAGUCGGGCAAUGGCAUUCGAGCCAUGUUUGGCAUCGCUGUGGGUAGCUAUCUAUCAAUGUAUCCGGCGCUACUCAUCCCACCGGUACUACUGAUGGUACACAAGAGCAGCCCUCAGUCCUCGUCCGGGAUCGUCGCACUUGUUGCCACCCAUUUCGGCCUCUCGGGAGCAUUACUUGGAAUCACACCAACCCUCACCUCCGGAUUCUGGGACUUUCUUUCCUCGUGCUACGGAGCACAAAUCACGGUGACAGACCUCACGCCAAACAUCGGGCUUUGGUGGUAUUUCUUUAUUGAGAUCUUCGACUCCUUCCGAGACUUUUUCAUUGGAGUUUUCUGGCUACAGCUGGUGGGAUAUGUUGGAGCCAUGACCUUUCGACUUCAGACCCAGCCGCUUUUUGUCAUCACCAGCCUUGUUGGUUUGUUCGCCGUCUUCAAGCCAUACCCCAGCAUUGCGGAUAUUUCCCUGUAUCUCGGUCUUCUUCCCUUGUACCAGCACGUUCUCCCAUGUAAGUGCCCUCGCGAUCUUCCCAAUAGCUCCCAGCAGCUGACUUCAAUGAUAGUGACCAGAUAUACCUUCAUUUCCGCUUCGGUAUUGCUGUAUUCCACCCUUCUUGGCCCAGCAUUCCACCAUUUAUGGAUCUAUGCCGGAUCUGGUAAUGCCAAUUUCUUCUAUGCCAUCACUCUGGUAUGGAGCUUAGGAUUGGCCAUUCUGGUUGGUGAUACACUUUUCGCCGUAAUGCGCGACGAGUGGGAGCUGGAACGGCCCGAGAUGAAGGGGAAGAGUGUUCGUCAAAUAUAA